AUGGGGAAGGAAUUGGAUAAUCCUUCGAGGAUUGGUUGGCAUCUGGAAGGUCUCGAGGAUCCCGAUGAUCUGGAAGGUCUCGGGGAUCUGGAAGAUCUCGAAGAUCCCGAAGAUUUGGAAGGUCUCGAUGCUUAUGAAAUGCCUGCUCGAAUGGGAAAAAUGGACAAUAUAGAAAAAUUUGAUGCGAAAUUUUUUAAUAUGUCGAUCGAAGAAGCUCAUACGCUUGAUCCUGGAAUUAGAAUAUUGCUCGAAAACACUUAUGCAGCAAUUAUUGACGCAGGUGUCAAUCCUGCAGAAUUGCAAGGAACAAGGACGGGAGUUGUCACAGUAAUGUCAAAUUCUGAAACAUCUCUCAAUAUAAUAUACGAAAAGCCUCAUAUUGCUGGAUUACCCAUGCUUGGUUGCAAUAAAAGUAUGUUGGCAAAUAGAAUUUCUUACUUUCUCAACGUUACUGGACCAUCGUAUAACAUCGAUACUGCAUGUAGCACGAGCAGUUUGGCUAUGGUAAAAGCUUACAAUUUGAUUCGAUCUGAAUAUUGCGAUGCAGUCGCUAGUGUCAGAGUUUUAUCCGCCGAUGGCUACUGUAAACCUUGCGAUGAAGAAGGUACCGGUUACAUGCGUAGUGAGGCGGCUACAGUAGUGUUCUUGCAAAAAGCAAAGGAUGCAAGAAGAAUCUAUGCGACUUUUGUUUAUGGUAAAGCCAACUGCGAUGAUUUUAAAGAAGAGGGAAUUACUUUUCCAUCAUUAGAUAAACAAAAAUUAUUAUUGGAAGAAUUUUACAAAGAUUGUAACGUUUCGCCUCCCGGCGAUUCAGUGGAGCUUCAAGCAAUCGACGAAGCUUUAUGCAUCAAAAGAGAUUUUCCUCUAUUAAUGGGUUCAGUAAAAUCGAAUAUUGGACAUUCUGAACCCGUUAGCGGUCAUUGUCAAAUUGCAAAGGUAAGUUUACAACAAAGAUUUACAAAAUGGAGUUGA